CGGGCGUGCAGCCGACUCAGUCCCUGGCCGGCCGCUCGGGGCAGCGGAGGCAGGCUGGCCGGCCGUGGCUUCGCGAUGGGCAGUUGUCCCCUCGCUCCCCCGCGCGCAGCCCGCCGGCCCGCUUCCCCGCAGCCACCGUCGGAGGCGAGCACCGGGAGGCGCGGGGCGCCGCCGCGGCUGCCCUUCCCGGCCCGGGCGGCCGCGCGGCUGGGCAGGUGCUGAGCGCCCGCGGAACCGUCCGCCAGCCUCGCUCGUCCGCCCGGCAGGCCGGCCGGCCGCCGCCGCGCCCAUGGGCCGCUGGAGCUAGAUGGGCGCCCGGCGGCGCGGGCCAGCAGCAGCCGCCGAUCGCCGCGGCCGCGGGGCCGCCCGGCUGCAGCCAUGGGGACCCCCGCGAGGAGCCGCGCCGCGCUCGCGUCCUGCAGCCCCGUCGCCCGAGCCGCGCGCAUCGCGGGCUCCCUCCUCCUGCUUGGAUUCCUUAGCACCACCAUGGCUCAAUCAGAGCAGAAGUUCCCACCACUCACUGGCAAAUACCACCAUGUCGACCGAGCCACUGGCCAGGUGCUAACCUGUGACAAGUGUCCGGCAGGAACCUAUGUCUCUGAGCACUGUACCAACACAAGCCUGCGUGUCUGCAGCAGCUGCCCCGCGGGGACCUUUACCAGGCAUGAGAAUGGCAUAGAGAGAUGCCAUGACUGUAGUCAGCCAUGCCCAUGGCCAAUGGUUGAAAAAUUACCUUGUGCUGCCUUGACUGACCGAGAAUGCACUUGCCCACAUGGCAUGUACCAGUCUAAUGGUACCUGUGUCCCCCACACAGUAUGUCCCCCAGGAUGGGGUGUGCGGAAGAAAGGGACAGAGUUUGAGGACGUGCGGUGUAAGCAGUGCGCUCGGGGUACCUUCUCUGAUGUGCCUUCUAGUGUAAUGAAAUGCAAAGCGUACACAGACUGUGUGAGUCAGAACCUGGUGGUGAUCAAGCCGGGGACCAAGGAGGCAGACAACGUCUGUGGCACCCUCCAGUCUUCCUCCAGCACCACCCCUCCCUCCCCUGGCACAACCAUCUCUUCACGCUCUGAGCACACGGAAUCCCAUGACGUCCCUUCCUCUACUUCCGUUCCCAAAGGCAUGAACUCAACAGAAUCCAACUCUUCUGCCUCUGUUAGACCAAAGGUACCCAGUGACAUCCAGGAAGGGACAGUCCCUGACAAUGCAAGCUCAGUGCUGGGGGAGGAAAACGCGAACAAGACCUUCCCAAAGCUCCCGCUAGUCAACCACCAGCAAGGUCCUCACCACAGACACAUCCUGAAGCUGCUGCCGUCCAUGGAGGCCACGGCGGGGGAGAAGUCCAGCACGCCCAUCAAAGGCCUGAAGAGGGGCCCUCCCCGGCAGAGCGCCCACAAGCAUUUUGACAUCAAUGAGCAUCUGCCUUGGAUGAUUGUGCUCUUUCUGCUGCUGGUGCUGGUGGUGAUAGUGGUGUGCAGUAUCCGGAAAAGCUCCAGGACUCUGAAAAAGGGGCCCCGGCAGGACCCCAGCACCAUUGUGGAAAAGGCAGGCCUGAAGAAAUCAGUGGCCCAAACCCAGAACCGAGAGAAGUGGGUGUAUUACUGCAACGGCCACGGUAUUGACAUCUUGAAGCUUGUAGCAGCCCAAGUAGGAAGCCAGUGGAAGGACAUCUAUCAGUUUCUGUGCAAUGCCAGUGAGAGGGAGGUGGCUGCCUUCUCCAAUGGGUACACAGCGGACCACGAACGGGCCUAUGCAGCUCUGCAGCACUGGACCAUCAGGGGCCCUGAGGCCAGCCUCGCCCAGUUAAUCAGUGCCCUACGCCAACACCGGCGCAAUGAUGUCGUGGAGAAGAUUCGUGGACUGAUGGAAGAUACAACCCAGUUGGAAACCGACAAACUGGCUCUGCCCAUGAGCCCGGGUCCGCUCAGUCCGAGCCCCAUUCCCAGCCCUAACACCAAACUUGAGAAUUCCACUCUGCUGACGGUGGAGCCGUCGCCGCUGGAGAAGAGCAAGGGCUUCUUCGUGGACGAGUCCGAGCCCCUCCUUCGCUGUGACUCCACUUCCAGCGGCUCCUCGGCGCUGAGCAGGACGGGCUCCUUUAUUACCAAAGAGAAGAAAGACACAGUGUUGCGGCAGGUACGCCUGGAUCCCUGCGACUUGCAGCCUAUUUUUGAUGACAUGCUCCACAUUCUGAAUCCCGAGGAGCUGCGUGUGAUCGAAGAGAUUCCUCAGGCUGAAGACAAGCUGGACCGGCUAUUUGAGAUUAUUGGAGUCAAGAGCCAGGAAGCCAGCCAGACCCUCCUGGACUCUGUUUAUAGCCAUCUUCCUGACCUAUUGUAAAACACAAGGGAUCCCGCACUCUGGAAUACUCCAUUAUAGUGGCAGGGUGGUUUGUUUUAUCUUUUUAGUUUUUUUUUUCCCCCCUCCUUUGUGUGUGCGUGUUUGUGUGAGUGAGUGUAUGUGUGUUUAACUGAGUAUAUGGCCAGUGUUUUGAGCUCUUUUCCUUUUUUUUUUUUUUCUUUUUAAACCUGUCUGGAAAAUUAGUUUAAGAGCCUUUUCAAGGUGAAACUGUCACAAAAUCCCUACCACUGAAGGGUUUCUGGGGUUCCUUUUAUUUUUCCCUUUCUCUUUUGCCUCCUUAACUUACUUUUGAAAUCAUUCUGUGCACUUUAAAUUUACUUAACAUACCACAAAUGCAGUGUGGCUUUUUCUGCACACUGUACUAGGAGGCUCUUCUUCAAAGUGUAAUGGCAUCCUGUGACUUCUUAAGCAGUUUUCAUGUUGCGAUCUCCACAAUUACUUUUUUUUUUAAUUGUUGAUGUUUUUAUUAUUUGUAGCUUAUGAAUUUUCUUCAAGAUUAAGGAAAUGUAAGACCUUGUUGAGUUUCUGUACUGCAGUUAGGUUUUGCGUAAUCUUUUUAAUAUGCUUUGUUGUAUAGUUCAUAUUCAUGGCUGGAACUUGAACACACUGUUGCUGAUUGUAAGGUUUUUCACCUGGACACAGUGUAGAUUUCUUGAUGCCUCCUGCGCCUCUUACACUCAUAUACUCUGGGCUAGAGACAUGGAAUCUUCAUCAGGACUUGUUCUUUCGGUGGCUUGACACCUGGGCCACCAAAGAAUUUGGACUUCAUCUUUCAGGGAUUGAGCUGUUCCGGAACAUUAAUGCUGCGCUUUGGAAAGUUCACAACCAAGUGCCAGCGACACCGUUUCCACAAGGAAUUUGCCCAGCUUUGCUUUAAAAAAUGUCUUGUUUUUUUAUAUACACACAGUCUAUAGGUCCAGUCUGCCCUUAAGGCCUUGGUCUUGGUGGGUUUCUUUCAUCAAUCACUUUAAUUAAAAAAAUGGCUGCAGCUAUAAGAACUCUUGUCUGAUAUAUUUGCAACUAUGCUUUCAAUUAUAAGUGUAAUCUCUAAUGCUCAGUUGACAGAAUCUAAAGCAAAAGUGGUCAAGACUCCCUACGUGUGGAUGGGGCUUGUGGGUAGUGGUGAGGGACUGAAAUCGGGAAAAUGCCUUCAAAGUGUACUAAUUUAUUAAUAAAUAUUAGGUGUUUGUUA